AUGAUCACCUACCUAGCACUUAUAUAUCUUCACCACCCUCGUUCGAGUAUGCGCUUUGCUUCUUUCCACGCUCGCACGUGGUGCACCCGGCUCCGAAUUUGCAACAACAACCCGCCGCCUACAGAGCUGGACCUGCAUUCGCAAAAGUUCCUGCGUGCGGCGGAUAUGUUAUCCAACCUCGUCACUCUGCCGAGUACAAUCAAGUCCAGGACUCCUUUCUUUACAUGUGCCCUCGCAAUGUGUGUUAUUGUACACACGGCAGCGUGCCUGAUCAUGUCGACCCCUGACAAGGUCGAGUCGCUCAAGGCACGAAUACAAUUGAGCAUCGGGGGUCUGAAUAUGCUGGGCAAGUCCUGGCCGCUGGCAAAGAUGGUGAGACAGCAGAUGGUGAAUAUGUAUCAAGAGGUCGGACUGCGCUGA